AAGUCUGACCUGCAUUGGAAGAUGAACACAACAAAUCACAUAGGACACCAGCAUAUGAGCUGAGUGGUAAAAAAAGAAGGGGCCAGCUACAUUGAUUGAUGAAGCAAAGCUGACAAAUAGAGCCGUAAAUGUCAACACAAAGCUUGAGGGUGUGGAGAUGAUUUCUUGAACAAGGAAUGUGAUCCAGUUACAUGCUUGAGUCAAUUCAGUCCCAGUUUGUGUCUAUUGACUUUGUUGAUAAUAGAUGAGAGACACACACAAAUGGAUUGGGUCAAUUAUGCUUGCAAUAGCUAAACAUCUUGAUUAUGAUGUAACUCUUGAAAGAUUGUAAGGUCAUGGCCCACCUGCACACUAAAAAAAUUAACCAUGUGAACUUUUUCAUUCAUUAAGUGACUGGAACUAAUUAUUCAAAUCAAUUGCCAUGGUGUUGUCUUCAGAAAUGGCAAUAGAUAAAGAUGUAUCUUAAUCUGUCGAGGAAAGGUACACAAUACUCUAAUAUCAAAUGCUCUAUAUCUAGCUAAUUAGGUAAGAUGGUAUUAACCUAAAAAUAUCCAAAACCAACCAAGAAGGAAUAACACAUACAACCAUGUUGGAGUGAUAUAGAAUGAUAGUGUAGUGAAACCCUUAGCCUUGUUUUGUUAUCUAUUUUAUAACAAUAGUUUCACGUGGUAUAAGCAUUGUGAUGCUUAAUAUUGAUUUUAUCUGAAUAUCUGUAAAGUUAGACACUUAUUUUUGUAACAGGAAUUUCAAUUAUUUUAUUUUGAAGACACUGUCACUUAACUUCCGUUUUUUCCGCUGGCUUGUGAUGCUAACGUUAGCUGUUUCAUGCUAGGCAGGGAAACAUGCGGUUCUGUUAAAAUAUAACCGCCUCAUUUAAACUUUCUGCAACCGACAGACAUGUAGUGGUGAAUUUCGACUACAGACUGUCACUUGGUUUGUAUUAUUAAGCGUAAAUGUGUCUGUACUGUAGCUAGCUAGCUAGCUAGUUUAACGGUUACAAACAGUAACGUUACGGUGCGCGACGUCACUCACAACCACCACCACAGGACGAGUCCGAGUGUCCCCCACACACUACUAGCUAAAUUUCGACGACUCUCCAAGACCAAGAAAAUGCCAUCGAGAAAUCAUCUUGACAAAAUUGGGAGGAAGAAGAAGAAGAAAUGGACAGAGGAGGCCAUGGAACGUGCUCUGAUCGAGGUGAAGUCGGGUAGGUGUACGGUGAGACGGGCUGCCAAAGAGUUUGGAGUCCCUAAGUCUUCACUGGGGGACAGAGUCAGUGGACGGGUGACACCAGGGAGUCGCAGCGGGCCAGCUCAGCUUAUAACAUCUGCAGAUGAGGAGCUGUUGGUGGAGUUCUCUUUAUACAUGUCGAAGCAUGGAUUCCCACUGACGAAACAACAGCUGGUGUCCUUUGCCUCGUCCAUUUAUAAACGGCAACAUCGGAGGGUGGCAUUUUCUAAACUAGGCCAGACCUGGUGGCUCAAUUUUAGAAAAAGGCAAGAAAAGAAUAUAACCAUUCAGCCAGCAGACAAUGUUGUCCGUGGGAGGACGGUUAGUGUGAGGAAGGAAGCAGUGGAUCAGUUUUUUCAUUUACUCAGCACUGUCAUGGAAGCUCAUGGGCUCCGAGACAAGCCUCUUCAAAUCCUUAACUGCAACGAGGUGGGCUUUCAUCUGGGCAGGAAGAGGGUGAUUCUCCCCAAAUCUGCCAGUCUGGGCUGCAAGCCAACGCCAGGCUCGAGGGACCACAUCUCGAUCCUGGCUUGCUUUAGCGCAACUGGAGAGGACAUUCCCCCAUUUAUUAUCUACUCAAAGGCAUACCCAGGGGGAGUAUGUUACAAGACUCAAGGGCCUCCAAAUGCCCUCUAUGGAUGGUCAGACUCUGGCUGUAUAAACUCUGACCUUUUCAAGAAAUGGUUCCUCAAACACUUCCUCCUACACACGCCAAAGGAGCGUCCGCUGCUGCUGAUUUUCGACGGCCACAAGUCUCCCAUAAACCUUGAGGUGGUGGAAGCAGCUCGUAAGGAGGAUGUGAUCCUUCUGUGCCUUCCACCUCAUUGCUCUCACAUCCUGCAGCCACUCGACGCGGGUCUCUUUGUUCUCCUUAAGCAGCAUUUUGCAGCACUCAUAGGUGAUGGUUGUGCCACCGAUACUCACUAUGCAGUCAGCAAGAAGGAGUUCUCAGGUGUGUUUAAAGAGACGUAUCAGGUAGUGAAGGAGGAGGAGGGUGUCAGGAUUGUGAAGGAAGGCUUUAGGAAAUGUGGCAUCUACCCGCUAAACCACUUCGCCAUCAACGAGGGUCAUUUAAUGCCAUUGCACAGCAUGGGCCCUGCAGCUGGUCCCUCCUUGUCCACAUCAGCACAGGGGGUGCACACUGUAGGAGACGUCAUAGCUGCUGGACCCUCCUCCUAACUCAUAACUGCUCAAGACUAUCAGUCAGCCAUCAGUACAUUUGAGGAAAGCGAGUGACUGCAUAAUUUAACAAAACUUGGCUAGUUCUUUCAUUUGAAAUACACUCCAGCUUGAGUAUUGUUCACCACCUCCUCCAGGUCCUUGCAGAGUGCUCAGUUUGUCAGCUCGCCAGAUGAAAGGGGUGUUGAUAUUAAUUACUUGUCAAUGUUGUGGUCAAAGGGUUUUUAAUGGAAUAAGAAAGGAAAAAUAUAUUUUCAUAUACACAAAAUGAUGUUUUAUUUUCUCUAAGAUGUCUCUAAUUCUUGCAUUUUUGUAAAAUAUUGGACACUUUCAGGCCCCUUAAAAUCAUUCAAAUGAAACAAGCAGAGACAGAAAAAAACAGUGUUUGGUUGAACUGCUCCCAAAUCAUGUCCACAUUAAGGCCAUAACCUGUGACAGAGGGUUAAAAAUAGAUAUUUCUUCAUUUCAGUGGAUCACAAGCCAAAAAGAUUGAGAACUACUACUGUACUACAAAUAAACUCAAGCUCUGUCAUUUUGUCUUGUGAUUGAUGGCCAGCUAGAUAAGCAAACUAAUACUAAGCAGUAGGAAUAGAGACAAAGUUGUGCUUGAUUUGUAUUUUAGUGGAGUAAGCGGGAGGCUAUUCUGUGAGCUAGCUUGCUAACUGUUCUGGACUGAUCAAACAAGCGGUUUAAUAAUUCAGUGUGUAUUCAGCUAACCGAUUCAACCAUGAAAAAAAAUUUACCAUAUUUUUAACAUAUUUAGAUAAAAAGGAAAUAUUUAAAACUAAGCCACAUUGUAAAGUGUUAUCUUGUUUGAAACUCUCCAUAAAAGUACAAUGUGAAAAUGUAGUUAGAUGUUGAGGUCUGGCAAGAUGUAUUAUAGUCCAGGAUCCAUGCAGCAGAUUUGCAAAAAAAAGAUGUAGACAUAAAACUUAUUCCUAAGUUAUUUCUUACUUGUGAUGUUCAGGCCUGCUAUGAAACAAGCUGAGAGACUGGAGGGGUAACAAUGUUUUUUUUAUACUGAUAUAGAAGGAAAACGAUAACAUCUGACUCAAUUCCAUUGUGAAUCAUAUCCCUUUGCUUGAGUAUUCUGAAUGCACUUGGCCUAUUCUGUAGUUACAAAAGGAAUUUAUAUUGUGUAAAAUAACGAAGAACUAUUGAGGAAUGUUGAGCCCGUUUUUUAAUUUGGGGAGGGGGGGAUUUUAACGUAAGUGUUCAAAUAUUUUUCAUUUCCAUAGAAUAAUGGACCCUGUAUGACCUCAAGGAGAAAAUAACGCAGAAAAAAUGUAAAUUGAAAUAUAUGAAAUAUUUUUGCAUCACAAAUGUGUCCAUAGGCUUAAUAAUUUACUUGUGUGUGUGUGUGUGUGUGUGUGUGUGUGUGUGUGUGCGUGUAACAUGUGAUGUGAUGGCAAUGCAAUAGGUACAGCUGGCAACAAUACACAGGCAGGCAAUGUAUGUAUUAAUAAUUGUGAUUACUGUGUAAAUGAAUGUUUCAUCUCUACAGUCUAAACAAAGUAUGAUUAACUAUAUUACAGGAAACCAUGACUUUUUGUGCUCAGAAAACAAUGAGAUUAGUAUUUAACACAUGAUCACUAAAAAUGGAUGGCUGGUAAAACAGCUGAAAUUGGGGAUUUAUGUCAGGUUUAUGUGUAAUUGUCAUUAGGAAGCCGAGAGGAAAUACUCAAGUAAGAAUUGUGUUCAGAUCAAUGAUCAUGAACCAGCUAAAGCACAAAUCCGCCUGCAGUGCACUGUAGGUAUAAAUGGGUGCAGCAGAGCUGCCCAGGGCCAAGUUAAUGUUAAGGUAUGUUAACAUCACAGGUGGUGAUUGGUGCCUGAACCCUUUAUAGUUUUUUGUAUUCACUGACACAACCGAGUCAACGGCAAACUUCACUUUGACCUGCAAAAUGUGUCAUGGCAACACAUUUUAUAACCCCUGCCGAUGUUGCAGGGGGUCUAAUAUUGAAAUAUUACAGUUUAAAUUUUUUUUUGCUUUUCUGCAUUUUUCAACCCAAAAACUAGUUUGUUAACUAAGUCUAUAACAAAUGACAAUUUAUACAUUUUAUUUUUAAAGCUAUAGUACACAACUUUUUCAUAUUAAUGAACGUCCGUUACAUUCAAGCCAUUGCCGAAUGAGUACUGUAUUUCUCAGUAUGGCUAUGUUUACAAAAUGGUGUAGCCCGGCGACAUUUGUGCGCAGCAGCUCGAGUGACGUGUUCUACGUCACCGCUUAGAAAGGACAACAGCAGCGUUCAGCUUCGGAGACAAAGAGGUCAUACAAAUGACAAGAUAAUUACCUCUUAUGUUAUUUUUUUUUAAUCCUUAGUGUCCUUGAUUUGACGGGUUAAACACUACUAGCAGCUGCGUGGAGGAGGGGUGGGGGUGGUGAAUGAUCACUGAAGGUUUACAUUGACGAUAUUAUUGUUGCCAUUACUUAGAAUUCCUCAUGGUGGCGACAGAAACUACUCACUAUAGCUUUGAAUAUUAUGUCAUCAGAUCUCACACUUUUACCAGUGAUGUGUGUGACUGAUGCAUUUUGUUUGGUUGGUUUUCUUGCUUGUACUGAAAUGCUCAGUACAUGUUCUUAUUUAUCUUUUAUUUAAUUUUUUAACAUGUUCAAAAUAAAUGUAAUCCUAUCAAAUGUGAGAAACGCAGCUUUCAGAAGCACUGCCACUGAAGCACUUGUGUUGAAAAUCUUCCACUGCUACAAAACAUUUGAAAUCAGUAUAUAUAUAUAUAUAUAUCAUAAAAAAUAGCAACAUCUGUUGGCCAAACCUUUAUAUUGCAUUUAUAUUAAUCGAUAGAUUAACAGUUAAGUCAGAACACAAGUGGUUUUACUGCUUUAAUUAUUGUUCUCUUGUUCAAUAAAAGCGGCGAUAUCUGUCUGAUACUUACUCAAAUUUCUUGGCUGUGGACAGGACAUAUAAAUUCUGUCUGACCGGAGCGGGUUUGAUCUCCACACCGUGGUCCGUUCUGCAAGACCGAGGAAGUUGUGAAUUUGCAGCAUCUUUGUUGCAUCAUUUUUCUCAAAAGGUCAGUGCUUGUGUGUAGUAUAACUAGAAAAGCUAAACUAAACCAAAAAGGCCUCAGACAAAUAGUAACAGUACAGUAUAGCACAUCAGUAAAAUGCAGGAUAGCAAGAUAGCAUUAGAUUGAAAUUUGUAACAAGUUUUUGUUUUUAUUGUUGCAUCUUAAUCGCUGAGAAUACCUUGCUUUGUAUUGCUCUUCUGUUUCCUCUUGUGCCUUUUUGAUCCAACAGCUAUCAUUCUUCAGUGAAGUCCGCACUUUGGUGGUUUGAAACACCUUGUGCCUGUUAACAUCUACAACACAAAUGCACCCUUUUUGUCAGUGCUGGAUACCAAGAAUACUUGCAUACAUUUUUUUACCUUUAAAUAUUGGAUUCAAGUGUGACUUACCAUUUGACAUGAUGCUGAUAUUUUCUCAAAUCUUCAGCCUGAUGAAACUAAAGAUGAAAAUGUUCAAAUUCAUCACAGGUCAGCUGUGUCAGCGUUGUCAGAGCAGAGUGGUGUCGAGCCUCUUCUGGGUCUCUGUCUCACACAGGCAGGCAGGUAAAGUCACUUCAGCCUGAUCCCCCACCCCCUGUCAUUUCAGAUUCCACCCCCUGUACAUCUGAAGUGACAUUCCUGGAUGCUGCUGUGCAGGUUAAUCAUGUGGGUGGGUGGGUUACUUUUCAUGACAGGUUGAAAUAUGUUUUUGCAUUUUUCUCCUCUUGGCUCCACAUAAAUAUUCUUCACAAACAUGCUGUUCCAGUUGGGGGAUACUAGUAAUCAAGAGAGGCUUGUUAUUUAAUCAACUUCCUUAUCAGAGACUUUCAGUAUCAUUCAAGCAAAAUGUGCAUCUUCUCCAGUAAAACUGAAACAGCAACAACACA